UCCUCCCGCGCGGAGUCUCGAGGCCCGCGGCGCCCACGCUCCAUGUUUUCCUGGCCGAGGUGGGCCGCGCUGUCCCCGCUUCUCAGCCGCACUCUGCGGUCUGCUCGUGUCGCCGCCGCCGCCACCAUGAGCACUGGCACUUUCGUCGUGUCGCAGCCGCUCAAUUACCGCGGCGGGGCCCGCGUGGAGCCGGCCGACUCGUCGGGCACGGAGAAGGCGUUCGAGCCGGCCACCGGCCGAGUGAUAGCAACUUUCACGUGUUCUGGAGCAAAGGAAGUGGAUCUGGCUGUUGAAAGUGCAAAGGCUGCCUUUAAAAUAUGGAGUAAAAAGUCUGGCAUGGAGCGCUGCCGCAUCCUUUUGGAGGCUGCCAGGAUAAUAAGGGAAAGAAGGGAUGAAAUUGCCACCAUGGAGACCAUCAACAAUGGCAAGUCCAUCUUUGAGGCCCGCUGGGAUAUAGACACUUCGUGGCAGUGCUUGGAGUACUAUGCAGGCUUGGCUGGGUCCAUGGCUGGGGAACACAUCCAGCUCCCAGGUGGAUCGUUCGGUUAUACCAGGAGAGAGCCGCUGGGAGUAUGUGUGGGAAUAGGAGCGUGGAACUACCCCUUUCAGAUCGCCUGUUGGAAGUCUGCUCCCGCCUUGGCUUGUGGUAACGCCAUGAUCUAUAAACCGUCUCCCUUCACCCCCGUGUCUGUCCUGCUGCUGGCCGAGAUCUACACCGCGGCAGGUGUGCCCCCCGGGCUCUUCAACGUGGUGCAGGGAGGGGCCGCGACAGGCCAGCUUCUGUGUCAGCACCGUGACGUGGCCAAAGUGUCCUUCACUGGUAGUGUGCCCACGGGCUCAAAGAUCAUGGAGAUGGCAGCUAAAGGAAUCAAACCCGUGACCUUGGAACUCGGAGGCAAAUCUCCACUUAUCAUCUUCUCAGACUGUGAUAUGAAGAAUGCUGUGAACGGAGCCCUGAUGGCCAACUUCCUCACCCAAGGCCAGGUGUGUUGCAAUGGCACAAGAGUGUUUGUACAAAAGGAAAUUCUUGAUAAAUUUACCGAGGAAGUGGUGAAGCAGACCCAAAAGAUAAAGAUUGGCGACCCCCUUCUGGAAGAUACGAGGAUGGGGCCACUCAUCAACCGACCACACUUGGAACGAGUCUUGGGGUUCAUUCAAGUGGCAAAGGAGCAGGGUGCUAAAGUGUUAUGUGGUGGAGAUCUGUAUGAACCUAAGGACCCCAAAUUAAAGGAUGGCUAUUACAUGAGACCUUGUAUAUUAACUAACUGCAGGGAUGACAUGACCUGCGUGAAAGAGGAGAUCUUCGGGCCAGUUAUGUCCAUUUUAUCCUUUGACACCGAAGCUGAGGUUGUGGAACGAGCCAAUGAUACCACUUACGGACUGGCUGCUGGCGUCUUUACCAGGGACAUCCAGCGGGCCCACCGAGUGGUGGCUGAGCUGCAGGCUGGCAUGUGCUUCAUUAACAACUACAACGUCAGCCCAGUGGAGCUGCCCUUCGGCGGAUACAAGAAGUCAGGCUUUGGCAGAGAGAACGGCCGUGUGACAAUCGAGUACUAUUCACAGCUAAAGACCGUGUGCGUGGAGAUGGGUGACGUGGAGUCCACGUUCUGAAAAAAAUCUGCAAGUGAGGGCUGCUGACAAUGACCAGCUGUGGGGCGAAGGAGUCAGCUCUCUUGUUAACUGGUGCUGUUUUCAGUCCAGAACCUUCCGUGCAGAAGUGCCUUCUAGAUUCCAAUCAGGAGAGUUGUGAUUUUCCUCAGAGCAAAUGGCUGAAUCCAGAAGAGCCAGCAGCAGUGUUCCAGAGGACGGGGGGGGGGGUUGUGCUCCCACCCGAGUCAUCUGCUGACAGUGGGGAUUCUCUAGCUUAUUUUAGGGAACCUGUUCCUGUGUAGGUCUUGAUAGAAUCAGUAGAGUGGAUUCCUG